CUUAAGCUACCUACUGCUCCAUCGACUCACUACCCGAUUCCUCCACCGCGAAGCACCCCCGAACCUCAGCCCAGGCCGGGGAGCACGAGCCCGCCAGCCACCUGCUCUCCCCGUCCGAACGCGCCCCGCCCCUUCUAAGGCCCCAGGUCCUGCUCCCCGCAGCCUUCACCCCACACACCAGCCCCAGCUCGUGCCAGGAACGGUGGGCAUCAAGAUGAAGGCGGCACGCUUCGUGAUGCGCAGCGCCGGCUCCCUGGUACCCCGCGAGGUCGAGCAUUUCUCGCGCUACAGCCCGUUCCCGCUGUCCAUGAAGCAGCUGCUGGACUUCGGUUCAGAAAACGCAUGUGAAAGAACCUCUUUUGUGUUUUUGAGACAAGAGUUGCCUGUGAGGCUAGCCAAUAUCCUGAAGGAAAUUUAUAUCCUCCCUGAUGGAUUAGUAAAUACCUCUUCAGUGCAAUUAGUUAAAAGCUGGUAUAUCCAGAGCCUGAUGGAGUUGGUGGAAUUCCACGAGAAAAGCCCAAAGGACCAGAAAACAUUAUCAGAUUUUGUAGAUACUCUCAUCAAAGUUCGAAAUAGACACCAUAAUGUAGUUCCUACAAUGGCACAAGGAAUCCUAGAGUAUAAAGAUGCCUGUACAGUUGACCCAACCACCAAUCAAAAUCUUCAGUAUUUCUUGGAUCGAUUUUACAUGAACCGUAUUUCUACCCGGAUGCUGAUGAACCAGCACAUCCUUAUAUUUAGUGACUUACAGACAGGAAACCCAAGCCACAUUGGAAGCAUUGAUCCAAACUGUGAUGUGGCAGCAGUGGUCCAAGAUGCCUUUGAGUGUUCCAAGAUGCUUUGUAAUCAGUAUUAUUUAACAUCUCCAGAAUUAAAGCUCACACAAGUGAAUGGAAAAUUUCCAGGCCAACCAAUUCAUAUUGUGUAUGUUUCGUCUCACCUUCAUCAUAUGCUCUUUGAACUAUUCAAGAAUGCAAUGAGGGCCACAGUUGAACACCAGGAAAAUUGGCCUUCCCUGACACCAAUUGAGGUGAUUGUUGUCUUGGGAAAAGAAGAUCUUACAAUUAAGAUUUCAGAUAGAGGAGGUGGUGUUCCCCUGAGGAUCAUUGACCGGCUCUUUAGUUACACGUACUCUACUGCACCCACGCCUGUGAUGGAUAAUUCCCGGAAUGCUCCUUUGGCUGGUUUUGGUUAUGGCUUGCCAAUUUCUCGUCUCUAUGCCAAGUACUUUCAAGGAGAUCUAAAUCUCUACUCUUUGCCAGGAUAUGGAACAGAUGCUGUCAUCUACUUAAAGGCUUUAUCUUCUGAGUCUGUAGAAACACUCCCAGUCUUUAACAAAUCAGCCUUCAAACAUUAUCAGACGAGCAGUGAGGCUGGUGACUGGUGUAUCCCAAGCAAGGAACCAAAGAACCUGGCAAAGGAAAAAGUGGCUGUGUGAGAAGGACCCUCAGGACGCUUUAAGGGAUCAAAGUGGGUCUAUGCCAGUGCUGCUUCCUGAAUGUUUGCGUGUGAACUCUUGUUUUCUCAAAAACAAACAACAGCAACAAAAACUCCUUGAUCAGAACUCUGAUGUGAAGAGGAAGAAAGCUCCUUUCUGUGACCCAGGUGAGCACAGUGCGGGACUACAGGAGUUCAUGGCUGGCCAGCUCUUUAUUCUCUGAACUUAGAAUAACGUAUGAGUUUAUAUCAAAUCCUGAAGAAGAAAUAAGCCUCAGUUUUACAUCUCUUUAUCAACAAGAAUGGGAAAGAGUGAGAAGUGAAGAUGUAGGCUAGCAGUUUCAACGACUGAUAUUUUAGGCCACUGGUUGAUGUUAUAAGAUAUUGGUAUUUAUGGAUUAUCAAGUGUCAAUGUACCAGUACUUUCCUGUCAUUCAAAGGACUAGGGCUUAUUUUAUACUAUAUGAUUAGAAAUGUAUGUAAACAUACAUUUCAUAUAUAUCUAUGCACUCUAGAGAUGAAAAGCCAGUGACUGAAAUAACAUUUACUUUGAAUGAGGAGGAAUGAGCCAACACAUUUUAUUCAAAGUUGCAGCCAAGGCAUGGGCCUAUGUAAAAACUCAGAAGAAAGCCCCUUCUGAUAAAUACAGUGCCUUUAUUAUGCUGCUUUUCCUGUUCACACCUCAAAUAAGAAGUGAACACUUAUUGCCAGGUGUCUUGUCUUGGUUGAAUUUUAAAAUAUGCACUGAAUUCAGGAUGUUGGCGGUUGGAGGGAGAGAAGAAUUACCAAAGUGAUAGCAAAAUCUCACCUUGCUUUGUUUAUAAAUGAAACAGAAGUAGAUUGGAAAAACCAGUGUUAGGGAAAGAAAUCAUGCAUUCAGAACCUAACUCAGUAGGAAGGGCUGUUCUCUACACUGCAGUGGUGGUAAUCCAAAGGCAUCUAUUUUCUAGGCUUAAAGAGAUGUAUUUUUUAUAUAUUGUAUUCUCUACACUUCACCAUUAACAUGUCUGGUAAAAAAUUUGUAAUUAACAAAUAGCUCAAGAACAUUAGAAUUUAAAUACUUCUUAGAGUAUUUUUAACAAAUAGCCUGCAAGUAAGAGGUUUUCAUGCUAUCGAUGCUGAUGCUUUCAUUUGUGAAUCAUUGUGAAUGAGAGCUAAUGCAUGAAAGCUGUAAUGCAUAUGGAACUUUGGGGGAGUUCAAGUAUAAUAUGCAGGUUGACAGGGCAGUCUAGCACAUUCCUCUUAGAGAAGAAAUGAAAAAACAAAGGAAAGUAGGAAGGAAGGAAGGGAGGGAAGAAAGAUGGGAAGGAAGGAGGGAGGGAAGCUGAAGGCAAGCAUCUUGCUUUAUUCCCCACAAAUUAUUUCAAGAAAUGACCCAUAUUAUCAUGGAUAAAUUAUUUGCAAGAGAAUGAACUGGUGUCUUUCAAAACGGUAUGACUUCUUUAAAUGGUUCUCUCACUCUUGCAAGAUAACAGGCUUUUAUGAGAUAAUAAACUCUUCUGUGUCAAAUUGCUGUUUUAAACCGGGAUAUCGAAAAAAACUAGCAUUUCCAGUUUUGUAAAAUAAUCAGCACUGUCUAUAUGUUGAAUUUAACAUUUGUGUUUAAUUUUCUUAUGGCCUAGUGUUGUGGUGCUUCUGGUAGUGGCCAUAGAAGCCUCAAACUAUUUGUUGUGGAUUUCAGAUUUUAUCAUCAGAAGUCCUGGAAGUGACUUUUCUUGAUGGUGAGACUCUGGCUCAUGCAUUUAUUGAUUACACAGAACUAUUUGCAAUAGGUUAUUUGACUUUUCAAAAAUUUAAACAUUUUUGCAUGUAAAUUCUUGUAUUUACCAAAGAUUUAAAGCAGUUGAUUAAUAGUUAACUCAAACACAUGAACUAUAUUUAAAACACAAGAGAAAAAGAAAUGUUGGUAUCUCAAUAACAUCAACUGUGUAAAUGGAGUUCUAUAAAAUAGAAAUAGUCCACAUUGGUAUUUGUGAAAUCUAUGGAAAAGCUUUAGGAUUCCAGUGGAUGGAAACUGAAUGUUCAGGCCCACUUAAAUUAUUAAUGUAUAAACUGUGUUUUUGUGUCUAGGUUAUGUACAGAGAAAUGUGACAAUUUUUAUAAUAAAUAUUUUUUAUUAUAAUGGUAGAUGUAAUCUUUUAAAGUUCUUUUCUCAAAUUAAUGGAAAGUACUAAGUAGAAUUUGAGGUAAAGUUUUUCCUCACUUUACACCAAGUCUAAUUUAGCUACAUAUGGGGUAUAGCCUUUAAAAAAAAAAAAACCUUAAAAUCUUAAUUUUUAAACAAAAGAUACUUUAUAGCAUUCCAGAAAUUUCUGGUUCUCCUUUGCUUUCUUGGUUAUGCUCCAAUAACACAUAGUACAAUGUGUGUUUAUCUACAUGAAUAAAUUCAAUAAUUGUUUUUCCAAUGCAUGUACUCUCUACAUUUUUUUUUUUGUAAAUUUACUUAAGAGUCUCACUUAGUGACUGUAUUUACACAGCAAAUACAUUGGAGUAUCAAAAUAAUUACCUAGAUAAUUUAGUUUCCCAAACAAUUUCUAGAUUAAAUAUCUGAAUAAUAGUAGGGUAGAAAUAGGAUAGGAAGUACUAAAUUAAGUGGUGACAUGUUUUAUCUUUGCUAUCACAACAUUCUCUGCCUACCUCCGUAAUGCCCUUAUUGCAAAGUUUUGCAAAAAAA